AUGACUAAAAAAAGGUUUGAAUAUAUUGAUGAUGAAUAUGAUGAAAAUGAAAUUCUAAAAUAUAUCCCCUCUGCUACCAAUACAAUUUCUGUUGGUAAUCUUGCUGCAGCACACAAAGUUAUGUACAGAGAAUCUUUGCCUCUGUUACCACAAUUUCCACGACUUUCAAAAAAACAUAAAGAAUCCAACACUGAAAAUUUGACAGAUCAGGAAUUUAAUGCAAGACUUGCUGAAGCAAAUAUUUUUAAUAUCAGCGAUAAAAAAAAUUGCAAGUUCAAACAAGAUACCCAAAAUAAAUGUCGAUAG